GUAUGUGCUCCGCGGUUUCCGUACGUACACAUACACGAAACAACGAGCGAAGGCGACGACGGCGAGGACGACGAUUCGUAUUCGUGCGGAUUCGUGAUGGUUGAAACGGGUCGAGCGUAAGUCGUCCGAGUUGCCCGAAGCUGUCGAAGCGGUGUCCUCGCGUCACGCAGUCGUGAUCCGGCUCUUCCGUCCGUUCCCCGUUCUUCUCGGCCGACGACGCGGCGGAUUCUCUGCGUAAGGUCUCUCCCCCCAGCCUAUACCACGAUGAGCGACGAAGGAUUCGACCCGUGCGAGUGCAUGUGGAAUUACAUGUCCGUGCAACAUCUGCUUUCUAUUUUACGACAGUCCCAGGAUUAUUGUUCGGAUACCGAGUGCUUCAACGUUUCUAGAUUUCCAGGGCCGCAGACGAACGUUCGGGAACCUUCAGAUUUCCUCUUUACUUGCUUAAUUAUUGGCUUCAUCGUUCUCCUGUACGCAUUUAGACCAAGAUCUCUACGACACUCGACCGACAACGUCAUCAAGAGCAAUAAUGAGCCCGGUUCACACGGAGAUGGUCCGCCUCCGCCGCCAACGAUGAAUUAAAUAGUGCAGUGCAACGUCGUCGGGAUUCUUGUUAUCCGAAAUUUUAUAUAUCACGAUUCGUGGUAAACUUAUAACAGAAAUAGGAGAAGUUAUGAUAUAUAGGAUAUACGAUAUUGAUAAACGUAAUGUACACAUGGGCGUAUCCAAGGGGGUCGGGGUUUGGGGAGUUUAAAUUCCCCCGCCCUCGAAAUUUUUAUUUAUUUUUUCAUUUUUAAUUAUAAAAUACAAUUUUACUUUUGACUCUGGACAAAUUUUUUGUUAUCACAUAAAAUAUUAUUUUCUGUCCAUUACGAUUAUUCAAUUCAUUAAUGCAAAAAUUGCUAUUUUUAUGCGUUAACAGGAUUGAUAACCCUUCCCUCUCGAAAAAAAAUUCUAGAUACGCCCAUGAAUGUACGCGUUAGCGGGAUACAUCACAGUUUGUUUCUUUGGAAGCGUAACUUCCUUACAUAUUGGUAAUCGCAAUUUUACACGAUUUUAACACGCGUAUCUUCUUUCUUUUUAAACUCUUAUAAUCACGUGCCUGGAUCACGUGUACGAAUAUAAUAUAAAAUAUUUUUGUCACACCUUUCUGAAAAAGAUACUAAUGAAGUUCAACGAUUACAUCACAAACAUAUGGUCUGUUUUCUAUAACUAAUGUAGCCGAACUAAUGUACACUCUUUGCUCUUAAAAUGAAAUAUGUAUACGUUUGAUAUCUAGCAAAAGUGAGAAAGAAAGUUCUAGUACAGUUCAGUAGCACGGGAAUAGAAAACAGACUUAUAAAAGAUCUAUGGCGUUUUGACGUGUUCGCCUCUCGUAAUGCGGAUUGCAGUAAACAAUGUGACAGAACCCGCGAUAAUAAGAGUAUAUUGCAUGCAAAUAUAAUUUAAAAUCUUUACCGUAAAAAUGAUAAAAAAAGAUUAAGUACCUGCGAAUGUAUAGUCAUUUAAGUGAAAUUAUUUACUUGGUAUUUAUAUUCGAAAAAUUAUUUACUCGAUAUCUACUUAAAAUCACAAAAAAAAAUUAUUUAUUGCGUAAAGAAUCUCCCACAUAUGAUUACCGAAUGUACAAUUAUCUGCUGUAAAUAAUACCACAAUAGAUAAUGUAUGAUAAUUGAGAAUUUCGGAUCUCUUGUGUGGUUUGUCAAGAAUCAGUAUUUAUAUUUUUUUGUAACGUGAUUAUAAAAAAAAAGAUGGACGUGCGUCUUUUUUUUUCGUUGAAAUAAAAUUGAUAUAUGAUUAUAAUAUUUAAAAGUGAAAUUUUGUUAUCCAUAAAGAAGAAGAUACUUAUAGUUUUAUAAUAUAUUUCGAUACACAUAUAUCAUUCAAACAAAGUGGAGAUAUUUUGUCACACAUCGGACGUUUUACACAAAUUAAAAGUUAUAGAUUUAAAGGUAUAUACAAAUAACGAUUUAUUAAUGGUAUUACACAAUUUUCUCGUAAUGAAUAUGGUCUAUGAUAAAAUGUUUUAUACUAAUAACCAUGUUGUUUAACGUUGUACAUUCCCCAUAUUUUCGAUAAUAAAACAGUUUCUCCGCAUUGCA